CACUCGACCUGUGGAUUAGCAUCUGGACACAUACUCACCCACUCGCACCAAUUCCCUUCAUACCAUCGAAAUGACGCGAGUUCUUUUGACCGGAGGCAGCGGCUUCAUUGCCGCACACACUCUUGAUAUCUUGCUCGACCACGGCCACAGCGUUGUGACCACUGUGCGCACGCAAGACAAGGCAGAUAAGAUCAAAGAGUCGUACAAGAGCUAUGUUGAAAAGGGCCAGUUGGACUUUGCCAUUGUCCCAGAUAUCGCACAGCCAGAUGCUUUUGACCAGGCCGUUGUUUCAGACCCUCCAUUCGAGGCUGUACUCCACACUGCCAGCCCCUUCCACUUCAAUGUUACCGAUAUCCAGAAAGAUUUACUCGACCCCGCCGUCAUUGGAACCACGGGCAUCUUGAAGUCCAUCAAGAAGAAUGCGCCAACAGUAAAGCAAGUCGUCAUCACAUCGUCUUUUGCCGCUAUUGUGAAUCCAUCCAAAGGCUUCUGGCCAGGACACGAAUACUCAGAGGAAGACUGGAACCCCAUGACGCUAGAAGAUGCGCUCAAAGACGCAGUCGCAGGAUACCGAGCAAGUAAGACAUUUGCAGAGAAGGCAGCCUGGGAAUUUGUAGAAAAGGAGAAGCCAAACUUCACCCUCUCUACGAUCAAUCCACCAAUGGUGUACGGCCCAAUCAUACACCCUCUCGACAGCCUCGACAACAUGAACACAUCCAACCAGCGCAUUCUCGCCGCCGUCCAAGGCAAAUUCAAGGAAGAAAUUCCCAUUUCCGGCGUGCACUUCUGGGUAGACGUACGUGAUGUUGCAGAGGCACACGUGGCCGCGAUUGAGAAGCCCGAGGCGGCCAACAAGCGCUUCUUUGUCACGGCUGGAUACUUUUCCAACAAGGAAAUGUGCCAGAUCAUCAAGAAGAACUUCCCAGAGUUCAAAAACUUGCCCAGCGACUCAACGCCUGGCGGCGACUACCCCGAAGGUACCCCCGACAAGGGAUUGUACACGUUCAACAACAAGAGGUCCAUUGACGUCCUUGGCUUGAAGUACAAGACCUUUGAACAAUCUAUAGUCGAUACUGUCAAGUCAUUCCAGAAGAAGGGAUUGUAGAUUAGGAAUAUUGCUUGGGAGGUCAUGUGGGAGUCAUUGAAAGUGUAUUCGAUUGACUACGUGAACUAUAUACGUUGUGCAUCUGCAAGAGCACGUCGCUGUUGGUAGUAUGUAUCUCAAACUAGACAAUGGCAUGUUAGCACACCACUCGACUUGAUAAUGAACAGUAUGAGGUGUAAAGGAGCAAAUCAGCCUGUUGAGCUUGAUCUUGUUUUUAGACUUCACCGUCGUUGACUCGGAAGUUAUCGUUUGAUGAUGAUCAUCAUAAUGCAAGAAUGUGAGGGGAACUUGAAAGUGCUUACCUGUGAAGUGUCUCGCUGCACCACCGCCCACGUUGUCCUGCUUCAAGGACGACGUUUUCGGGCGUUGACCAGCGAU